GCGAUUUCCAAACCCCCCACCAUUGAGCUUGCUGUUUGUUGAUCGUACGAACUUUAUAGAAGCUCCAGGGCUUUUUAAGCUUACCUCCUCGUACAUGCCUACCUAGUAUUUCUACUACACGUGAAAUCAACACCUUCAAACAUUUAUUUCUCACCAACCCUGGUUCUAAAUCCUUGGCGAUACGAUAACGCAAUUCUAAAGGCACAAAUACCCCUAUUAUAUAGCAGUGCUUCGAGUCUAUUGCACAGAAAACUUAUUCGCGUCUGACGAUUUACUUGAUAGUUUUUCUGGUCAUAAAUUUAGACAAUCGGGCGGUCGUCAAUCGAGACGACCCAGUCAUAUCAGAGAAAAUGCGAACCAGGAAUCAGACCCGCGCGGAGGAGAACGCCGAAGUUACAUCCGCUACAUCUACUGUCGUCAGUAUCACCAAGAUCGAGGGUCCGACAAUCACACCUUCAAAUAAAGAACAGGCUGGAAACGAAGAACCGUCUAGAUUGCCGCGACUGAUCCAAUUCCCGCUUGUUGCUGUCCUUAGUUUAUCACUGUCGGCACUAGGGUUCGCACUGAGCUGGGGUUACACGAAGGGUCCGCUGAUCCCGUACACAAGAGUAUUAGAUACGUGGUCAGAUUUUGGAAUUGUAACAGGCUGGAGAAUAUUUGAACUCGCACUUGGGUGGUUCGGGAAUUAUGACGGGUACGAUAUCACGGCGUUGAACCUCCUUUCCCAUGGUCCUUUACUCUACCUCCUAUACGCCUUCUAUUCUUCUCCACCCAGCGCUCUUCUCCUGACUCUCGCCAUCGAAACUCUCGCGACGUACAUUCCCUUCCGUCUCCUACGCCCGCUUUCUACAGCCCACGCGGACCCGCACCACGCGCCCAAUGCCGACAUCGUUGCAGACAGGCCCAUCGCGCUGCUGACAACCCUUCUCGCUGGUGCGAUCUACAGCGUGACCCUUUUCUUCGCAUACGCCACGUACCUACCCACGUACCUUGUCGUGCACUUUACGAAUCUGCCUUCCAUCGCCUCUGCCCACGAGGCUACGUACAUCGGGCUCCUGCCUGUGACUAUUGUCCUUGGGUUCGCGGCACAAGUGUUUGUGUUUACGCCUGCAGAAGGAACAGUGGCUCCGGAAAAUGAAGAUAAGGAGAGGUUCGACCCAUCGAGUGCGAGUCUAGCGGAGACAAUACGCUGGAAUUUCUGGGGCUGGAGUUUGCAGACUAAGGUUGUGAUUCAGAGGACGGUCUUGCUGAUGCUUGUCACGGGCGUGAACACAUUUCUGCAGACGCGCUUUACAGUUGAGGGCGUCGAGACUCCCGGUGCUGCAGCAUGGAGCAGUGUCUGGGUGCUCGCUGCGGCGGUGACGGGGAUGGGUCUUGGUGCUGUUGGGAGUGUUUAGACAUAUCUAUGGGUCUAGAUACUUAAUUUACUUCUCAAGGGAGGGUAAGGGACUAAGGACUCGGUGUAGGAUACGAGAAAAAAAAGCAAAAGUAGCAACGACGACAAGGCUGGCAAUUAUCGUAAGGGAGUUGGCACAAAUGACGGAUAUGGUCGAAUAUAAAACGGUUGGGAAAGGAGGCGUAUUUUCGGGUCAGGUGUGUCUUAUUUCCGGAGUCAGGUGUUCGUAAACCCUAUUACGACUCCUUUUAAUGUCUAGUUUUUCGCUUCUAGGUGCGAUUCGAUGCGUCGGCACGAGUCUUGGUGAAUACCUAGGUAGUAGGUAGGUAGCAAUCCAGUAUCUAGAUAGAGUCAAUAUGAUAGAAGUGAUCUAUGGAUGCGAAAUAACUUGACUAGGGCUUUCUAAUAAAAUUCCCUAGGUAAUUCAAU